CACACACACACGCGAUCAAAAGCGAAACCUAAAGCAUAUUAAGCUAAAGCAAAGCGAAAGUUUGACAGAGCAGUAUCAUGGCAGAGAGAUGGUAUGAAACUAUCGGAACGGCUCCACGAGGUAUGACUGGUAAGGAAGUGACCAGUAAAACUGCAGAUAACAUCUCUAGCGGCGGAACCAUGAGAAAGUUUUACACUGUCAAUGGGGACACUGCUGUGACCAAUGAAUUUACAACCAAACUCAAGAAGGAAGGCAAGACUGAAGUGUCAAAGGAGAAACGUGAGUUCACCCUGGCCUUCUGUCGGAUCAGCACCAGGCCUGGCAUCGACAUCCAAGAGACUCAAGACAAAUGUCCAGAACCUGCAGAUGGUAAGCCAGUUAUCCUGGUGCUGCUGCAUCACACCUUUGAUCCUAAAUAUUGUGACUACCGUGGCCCGGGAAUAAAGAACGAUGCCUCCACCAUUCUCUCUGUGGACCUCCUGUACUACGAAGACCGCCUGCUCAAAUGUCCUCACAAUAAAAGAGGACUCAAACAGGUCCUGGAUGUGGUUGGACGACCGUCCUGGAAGGAGAAAAGCUGUAAGUACACAAUACUUCCAAGAUAUAUCUGGUCUUACAGCAAUUACAUUACCGAUGAAAAUAUUAUGUUAUUGUAUGUUAUUUCAUCUAAAUGUGAUUCGUAGGAUGUAUGAAUAGAUCCAUGAAUAAUACAUAUUGAACUGUGGGUAAUGGUUGAUUCAGAAUGAUAAAAUGUUAGCAAUGCUUUGAAGUUUAGGAAGCAGUCGAAACACAAGAUGUUAUACUUAAUUUCAGUAUAAAUGCUGAAUGGCGUACAUCCUGUCUUCUACUCCACAGGGAUCCGUCCCUUCUGUUGUUGCUCGUCAUGCAACAACCCUGAAUAACCGUCGUAACAAUGGAAUCACUAAUCUAUAUAAAUAUUUAAAAAAAAUUCUGUAUCAUUGUAAUAAUUGUCCACUACAUAUAAGAAAAUAAUGAUAUACAAUAAGUUAAACAAGCUCAUAUAUAUAUAUAUUCAUGUGUGUGUGUUUGUGUGCAUGUGUUAUACGUCAUAUAUCAUAACCGGGAUGCAUUUCGUGUUGCUCUGUAUUCCAAUGAUUAAAGCUGUUUAAAUGAAACUUGUUGUUAAUGGCUUGCUUUGUUUCCCUAGACUAGAGGCCUAACUGAGUAUUGUCUGACCAGCAACAUGUUUUAGUGUUGUAAACAAAGCUAAAUGCCACAGGAGUUGUGUUUUGGUGGUACGGUCCGCAUGUGAAGCCGAGGCUCUGAACUGGAAAGAGACCAGCCGGCUCCAAGAGGGCCAUGUGGUGUUCCUCUGCACCAUGGCCCACGCUGCUGGAGGUCCUGCAGCCAACACCAGUCGGCCGCCCACAUCUGGCUAAAGGGCCUGCCUUUUUUUUUAAACUUGCCAUAAUCUGCUCCUCCCUUGCGGAUGUCUUGACCAGUGCGGCCAGAUAACCUUGGAGAUUAGAGGGAAGUUGGGGGUGUGCACGCAGCACCUUUUUCCGGGGCCUAUUCAGGGUCACAUAUUCAUCUCUGCAAUUGAAGGAAAGAAACAGACUAUUUACAGCCAUUUUCCAAGUUUCAAACUUGUAAUGCUAUCCCAAACCACAAAAUAAUAACACAGAAAACAAAAAAUGGCCACCAUUUGAUGGUCGGUCAUUGACCUGAUCAA